GUAAUGUUACACGUACAAAACUAAAUAUUCUUAAGGUGGAAGUCCCGGGGAGAGUUUCUAACUUAGAGAGGUUCUGUAUGGGGUAUGUGGCACUCUUGUUUAACUGUUUUUAAGGUAGUUUAGGUCUAUAGUUUGGUGUUAGAUUGAGGUUGCCGUGAACUGAUUAGUAAUGUUACACGUACAAAACUAAAUAUUCUUAAGGUGGAAGUCCCGGGGAGAGUUUCUAACUUAGAGAGGUUCUGUAUGGGGUAUGUGGCACUCUUGUUUAACUGUUUUUAAGGUAGUUUAGGUCUAUAGUUUGGUGGUAGAUUGAGGUUGCGGUGAACUGAUUCAAAUUUUGAUGGAAAGGAAAAGAAAUGGAUUUUUCAUAUCAUGUUCUUCCUUUUUUGGAAGAUAUCUAACUAAACAUGGGACUAACUUUCCAAGAUUUUGUUGGAGGGAUGUAGCUUGGAAUAGUGUUGGCUCUUUUGUAAUUUCUGCUAUUUUUUAGCAUUUUGUUACUCGGGAGUUUUACAGGAAUGAUGUGAGUGGAGUUCAGAAAUCUUGUGGGUGGAGAAGUUGGUGUAGUGAGGGUUCUUUCUGUAAUCCUGAAGUUGUGCAGUGAAUGUAUGGGGUAGCAUUAUAUUUAGGGAUUUUCUGCAGGAUAUGCCCUAAAUUGCAGGUGUUCAUGUGCUCAAGUUUGGUAGGUGCCUGCGUAAAGUUAGGUCUUUUUAUGCCCUGUUCUUCGUGGACAAUGCCAUCAUGACCAGCUUUGGGGGUGUAAGCUAAGCACAAAGAGCUACUUGUUUGUUUCUCGUGUUUCUAAACAUAAACAUACAAUGCAGCAGGGGGUUGAAACACCUAAUAACUAAAAUAAUGAUUAUGGCUUCACCAGUGAAUCUUCAUUCCACAGUUAGAGCUAGGUCUGUCAUAUCAUCCUUUCACCAGCCACCAUGCUCGGAACUUCCACAUGUACUCUUCAUCCAACAGAAUUAGAGAUUGUUUACAGAAGAAGUUAAGUGAUUGUUUCCCUGUGUCAUUUAUCUUCGAUGGAAACAUGGGCAAUGGGAAUUGAUAGUUUGUUUCUCCUUUUUUUCAACCUUGUUUAUACCUUGAACCUGGGAGUGUCAGUGUCCUUAGUCUGAAGAAAGGUGUGCUAUUUUGUCUGGGGAAAUUCGUAAUUAGAGGAGCAAGUUUCCUUCAUGGUUUGUCCCAUAAAGUUAUAAUUUUCCUGGUCAUGAUUUAGAUAGAGAGGGAGCGGCUGAGAUUCAAGUGGGCUUUCUUUGACAAAAGGGAAACCUCUGAUGUGCUGAUGAUAGAAUUUCUUUUUAAGUUUUGGUAAGUUCAAUUCUCAGAGGAGACUGGGUUUCAGAGUUGCUAUUUGAGGUUGCCAUGUCCAGAGUAACUGGACUUUGGUUCUGGGACUUCUUCAAGGAUUCGAGUGACCAUGAUCAUGCAAUGCUAUUCUUACUAAUGGCUGAAGGCUCUGGAGUUCCUGAAUGCUGCAUUGUAGUUGUACUUAUAUAUCUUCUUGUUUUGAUGAUUCUUCUCUUGGAGUAUUGGUGAUUGGACUUUGGAGCUGUUCAGCGUUAGUUGGAUUAUGUUGUUGCUGAUUUCAAUUGAUCUGCAGACGUGUACAAGAAAGCUCAUGGGGUGUUUGGUGGCUUGAUCGGGUGCUAAAUAUGCCUUCUGAAGUUUUAGAAUCUUUUCUAAAUUUGUUUCAAUGCGCAGGUGUUCCAGGUUUAUUUGCCAACUUCUCAAUAGUUGUUAUUAUUGCCUGAAGAUAUUGCCAUGGCAGAAGUAGGUAUUAAGAGUUUUGAUCCUCAAGAAUCCAGACUAUUUCAACAAAUGGGCUCGUGCUCACAGCAUUUUAAUGAAGAUCUCAUCUUCUCAGAAGAAUCAAUGAAUGUGGAAACUCCUCAAAUACUAGAUAAAGGAUUAAUGGAAUAUGGAUGCCUGCACUAUCGGAGAAGGUGCCGCAUCAGAGCACCUUGCUGCAACGAAGUAUUUGAUUGCCGUCAUUGUCAUAACGAGGCGAAGAACAAUAUCAAUGUUGAUCAGAAGCGUAGACAUGACAUGCCACGCCAUGAAAUCAAACAGGUGAUAUGCUCGCUUUGUGGCACUGAACAAGAGGUUCAACAAGUUUGUAUCAACUGUGGUGUGUGCAUGGGAAAGUACUUCUGUGAGUCUUGCAAGCUGUUUGAUGAUGAUACAUCUAAGAAACAGUAUCAUUGUGAUGGCUGUGGGAUUUGCAGAAUUGGAGGACCUGAGAAUUUCUUCCAUUGUUACAAAUGUGGCUGCUGCUACUCGAAUCUUCUGAAGAAUAGCCACCCCUGUGUAGAAGGGGCGAUGCAUCAUGACUGCCCUGUCUGCUUUGAGUUCUUAUUUGAGUCGAGAUAUGAUGUGACUGUCUUGCCAUGUGGACACACCAUUCACGAGAGCUGCUUAAAGGAAAUGAGGGAUCAUUAUCAAUAUGCUUGCCCUCUUUGCUCGAAGUCAGUUUGUGACAUGUCUAAGGUAUGGGAGAAAUUCGACAUGGAAAUUGCAGCUACACCAAUGCCAGAACCUUACCUGAAUAAAAUGGUUUGGAUCCUUUGCAAUGAUUGUGGAAAGUCCUCAGAAGUGCAAUUCCAUGUAGUAGCUCAGAAAUGCUUGAACUGCAAGUCCUAUAAUACUCGUCAAACAAGAAGCUGAGAAGUGGCUGCAAGGACAACGCAGCAAGAAAAACAAACGACGGUGAUGAUGAUGAAGACUUGUGUGCUGAAAGCAAUAAAAUUACACAUCCAUGGAUGUGGAAGGAUCUGGAGAUCCUGUGAGGGCUUGUGUUUUCGCUAUUCUUUCCCCGUUCGCUUUCCUGAUCAUUUUGUCUUCCUUUUAUCCUCCCCCAAUUGAAUGACGUACUCAAGAAACCACCAGUCAAGGUGGUGGUCAUGCGAAUAAAGUGUCCUCUUCCUUGUAUUUUGUUAGCACAUGUUUAUAGGGAAAAUGAAAGGGUCGCAGUUAUGUCGUGUCGGAAGGUGCUGUAGAUCUUCAUGGUUUGGUGCAGCAAGCAGAUAGUAGAUUGUUGUGCAGAAAAGUUCCAGCUAUCUUGUGUGUGGGAUUGUUGUGCUGGUGUGUGUUGCGCCUGAAAGUAUCGUGUGUACAGCUGAAAUAGUUUCCAGUGAUCAUCUCCUGCUGCCAGCUUGCAUGAAAAUGGAAAGCGGUUUGCCUGUGAUUUUCAACGCCAUUUUCACAGAGAUGUGUUAUGUGGUAUCCUGUAAAUUACUGUUUUGUUUCAUUAACUAACAUGCCACGUCAUCGCGCUAUAUCAUC